CGUAGGCGCUAUGGACUUCCUUGUGGGAGUUACGCUCGCUAUUUUAUUUAUAAUUUUCCUUUUUAUAAUACGGUUAUAUAGUGUUGUGAAGAAUGGAUCAAAGUAUCAUCCUGGUGCCAAAGGUCCGGUCACUGUCCUGGUUGUAGCUGGAUCUGGUGGUCAUACCUCAGAAAUCCUGCGCUUAAUGGAGAGCCUGUCUGAAGCUUAUAUGCCUCGUCACUAUGUUAUUGCUGAUACUGAUGGGAUGAGUGAGGAGAAAAUCUACACCUUUGAAAGCUCUAAACAACAUUCAGAAAAGCCACAGUUCACCAUCUGUAGGAUCCCAAGGAGCCGGGAGGUGUAUCAGUCUUGGAGUUCCUCUGUUAUCAGCACUCUGAAUGCCUUGUGGUAUUCAUUCCCUCUCGUUUUCAGACUCAGACCAGACAUGGUGCUCUGUAAUGGCCCAGGGACCUGUGUUCCUCUGUGUGUGGCUGCACUCCUGCUAGGAAUUCUGGGAAUGAAGAAAGUCCUGAUCGUUUAUGUUGAAAGCAUUUGCCGGGUUCAGACUUUGUCUCUCACAGGAAAGAUCCUUUAUCCUGUAUCCGACUAUUUCUUUGUACAGUGGUCCUCCUUGAGGGACAGAUAUCCCAAAUCCAUUUUCCUUGGAAGAAUAGUGUGAAAAUCUGUUACAUGUGGGCGCGAAACCCUCACAAAUGUAAAAUUAAUAUGUGGCAUUAUUUUUAUAAAUUUCAAGAAUAAAUCAUGUUUUUUAUUGCUGAGUAAUAAUCUAAUGAUUCAGCAAGUGUGUCAUUUUGUUGUUUGUUGAUGUUCCUUGUGUUUUCUACAAACUGGGAAAGCACUUGAAGGAAAAAGGGAGAGCCCUUACCAUUUGUUGUUGUUUACUUAAGAGGAGCUUUUUUUCAUUUAGCAUGACAUCUGAAAUAAUAUGAAGGCAAAAGGAAUGUAAUUUUGUACAUUACUGUGUUAAAUACUGAGAAAAGCACAUGUCACAGAAAUAAAAACGCCAGCCAUGUCUCUUUAAA